AUGAGUGCCCGCCACCUGAUCAGCAAAGUAUGCAGUUCCCACAUUCUCAAGUCGCUCAUUAGCAGCCUGUCAGGAACCUUGGCCUCCGUCUUUUUCAAAAAGGCAUCAGAUGUAUCUAUUUUUCGUACCAAUUUGGAUGGAGUAAAUAUAUCAUGGAGCGUCGAAAUUGGAGUGAGAAUAAUUUACCUAUUGCUGUUUCUCAUUUUCAACAUGCUGAUGCUUAAAUAUUACCUCCUGCUGAUGAACCACUACUCGGCUUUCCUUGCAACCGUCCUCAAUUUUGUUUUUAAUUUUUUUUUAAGUGCUAUAAUGGGUGUACUUUUUUUCAGUGAGAGGAGAGACUCCUAUUGGCUGUUAGGAGGACUUUUCAUCAUCGUCGGUUUAGUACUUAUUAUGGCCGAUGCGGCAAAUGAGGAAAAGAAAAAAAUAUAA